AUGACAACAGUGGGGUUGGCCGAUUUAAAGUUUGAUGGUUGUUUAUAUACAUGGUCUAAUAAGCAGGUAUCUGAUCCUACUCUCAAGAAACUAGAUCGUGUAUUGGUGAAUUCGAAGUGGGAGGAGGAAUUUUCAGGAUCGUCAGCUACAUUUCUUACUGCUGGUGUGUCGGAUCAUUCGCCUAUGGUUGUGAAGGUUGCAGAGUUACCGCGUAGGAAGAUUCCAUUCCGCUUCUUUGAUUAUUGGAUGGAUCAUUCGGAUUUCUUUCCUUUGGUGGCUCAGGUUUGGGGUGAAUCAGUAGUGGGUACCCCUAUGUUUUGUCUGUGUUUGAAGUUGAAGAAGCUAAAGCUUGCCUUGAAAGACUUUAAUAAGGAGCAUUUUUCAGAACUUCCUACGAGAGUUACUCAAGCUCAAAUUGAUAUAGAGCAUGUUCAGUGUUUGAUUCAACAAUCUCCUUUGGAUUCGUCUCUACAUAGGGAGGAGGCUCGAUUACAAAAGAAACUUUGUGAGUUGAGCAGGGCUGAAGAAGGUUUUUUGAGACAAAAAGCUCGUGUUAAGUGGCUGAAUUUAGGCGACCAGAACACUGCGUUCUUCUUCAAGGCUAUGAAAAGUCAUUAUGGCAAGAGUAAGGUGGUUUCUAUUUGUAAAGACGAUGGUACUAGAGUGGAGGAGCCGCAUGAUGUUAGUGAAGUCAUUGUUGCGUUCUAUCAAAACCUCCUUGGUCAGCAGCGUAGUGGUGAGAGUCUAGAUAUGGACUUACUUCAAAAAGCUCUUCCAAAGAGCAUCUCAGCAGAGCACAAUGAAAAUCUUGAUAGAGGUUUCUUCAAGAGGACUUGGAGUAUUGUGGGAAAUGAUGUUCUAUGUGCCAUCAAGUCCUUCUUUGACUCGGGGCAACUAUUGAAGCAGGUUAAUGCUACAACCAUCGCAUUGGUUCCUAAGGUUCCAAAUCCUUCUCAGACAUUGUUGGAGCUCAACAAAUUGCUUUUGUUAAAGGUAGGCAUAUUAGUGAUAAUAUCAUUCUUUCCCAAGGGUUGUUGA